GACUGCCUUAUUGCAACAAGUCUUGUUUGAUUUCAUAGGAGAAGCGUUGAAUCCCUGCGUUUUCUUCCCCGGAUCGACUCCACUCUGGGGAUCUCACUUCGUUUCUCCUCUCUGGAUCCCAUCUCUUUAUCCACCCAACUUCUUAAACCGUUGUUGUUUCCACAAAGGCGUACACACGCUACUUAUCUUGUAUAGUAAUUUCUACUGUAGGAGGUUGUAAUAAAGGGUCAGAUCCAUCUUUCUCAGAUGAGGUUUUCUUAGGCGGUGGAAGAGCUUAAAUUUAGUCAACUUUGCAGCUCCACAGAACCUUCUAGGAAGCUACCUCACUAGACAGACGGGCUAAAAGCCAGUGGUAAAGAUAUGCUUCUGUAAAAGGGAGGUAUUGUAGCAAUCAACGAGGAGAUGGCUUUCUAUUCUGAGGACAACAAGAGUGAAGACUACCUCUUUAAGAUUGUUCUAAUAGGUGAUUCUGCAGUCGGGAAAUCAAACUUGCUCGCAAGAUUUGCUAGGGAUGAGUUCUAUCCCAACUCAAAGUCGACCAUUGGAGUGGAGUUUCAGACGCAGAAGAUUGUUAUCAACGGAAAGGAGAUCAAAGCUCAGAUAUGGGACACGGCAGGUCAAGAACGUUUCAGAGCAGUCACUUCUGCGUAUUACAGAGGUGCAGUUGGAGCUCUUCUUGUUUACGACAUCAGCAGAGUGCAGACUUUUCAAAGCAUUGGUAGAUGGCUCAACGAGCUCCACACGCACUCUGAUAUGAACGUUGUGACGAUCCUGGUGGGGAACAAGUCGGAUCUGAAGGACAUAAGAGAAGUGCCAACAUCAGAAGGGAAGGCGUUGGCGGAAGCGCAGGGACUCUUCUUUAUGGAGACGUCAGCUCUGGACUCAUCAAACGUGGCGGCUGCGUUUGAGACUGUUGUGAAGGAGAUAUACAACAUACUGAGCAGGAAAGUGAUGACCUCACAGGAGCUGAACAAGCAAGAUCCUGCCUCGCUUAGCAAUGGCAAGAAAGUUGUGAUUCCAUCAGAGGGGGAGUCCAAGACAGGUGGAGGUGGGUGUUGUUCUAGGUGAUGAUAGGAACUGAUAUUGUAGAAAGCUUAAAAAAGGAAGAUUAAUUUUCUCAUCUGUUUGAUUGUGUUUCUUUGUCCAUGGUAACUGCCAUGAAUGUUGAAAAUUUGAGCUGUGUCUUGUGGUGUGGAAGUGUUUGUGUAGCAAGAAAUCUGUAAAUUUUCCACUUCAGAAGCUUUAUGUAAACUCACACUCCUAUCUAUAAAGUCUUUCCACUUUCUUGUU